GAUAUCAUCAUGGAUGCAAAGAGAUAAAGAAGUGGCAUUGGCCUGGUCAGGAGAAUGGUUAAAGAAAACAAAACAGCAGAAUAGAGGUAUGGGUAGGAACGAAGUAUGGGCUUCUCACCACAUUCUGCGAUUUCUAUGAAGAAAACGGCAGAAGCAGUGCUUAACUGGAGUGCUCUAAUUUGAACUUGAAAUCCUUGGAGCCUGCCAUGACUUUUCUCUAGCCCUUCUGCUGUUAUGGGAGAGGAUUUCCUCGUUCCCCUAGGCUUGUUCCAGUAAGGCCUUUCUAAGAAGAGGUUAUGGCUGAAGAAAUAGUAAUGCAAUCCUCAGAAGAUUUGCAUCGUAGGAAAAUCAGAUGGCUCUUAGACCACCAGUGGCUCAUUCGCCACACUGAGGGAAAAAUAAAAAGGGAGACCUUCUUCCUGGUGUGUCUCAGUACUUCUAACUCCCACCAUCAGAACCACAACUGCUGACUCCUUAAUAAGUAACAAUGCUUCGGGUGCUUUAUUUCUCUGCUUUUAUCGUCUCGCUUAUUUUUGAUUUUGUAGGGAUCAUCACAAAUCUGUUUAUCACAGCGGUCAGUUACAAGACUUGGAUCAAAAGCCACAGACUCUCUUCUUCUGACAUGAUCCUAUUUAGCUUGGGCAUCACUCGAUUUCUAAUGCUGGGAUUGUUUCUCCUGAAUAUGGGCUACUACAUUGCUGCCAAAGUGGAAAGGUCGGUCUACAUCUCCGUCUUUUUGCUAGUGUGUUGGAUGUUUUUUGAGUAUACCAGUCUCUGGUUUGUGACCUUGCUCAACGUCUUGUACUGUGUGAAGAUUUCUAGUUUCCAACCCACUGUGUUUCUGCUGCUGAAACGGAAUCUCUCUCUCAAAACCCCUUGGUUCCUGGGAGCCUGUGUAAUGAUUUCUGCCUUUACCACUCUCCUACAUGUCAUGCUCAGACAGACACUAGCUUCUUCUACACUUGUGACUGAGAGAAAUGACACAUCCUUUGACCCCAACGAAGACAUCGUGUUUUUGGUGGUCUCUUCAGUCUUAAGCUCAUUUGUCCAGUUUACCAUUAACGUGACUUGUGCUUCCUUGUUAAUCCAUUCCUUGAGGAGGCAUAUAAAGAAGAUGCAGAGAAACGCCACUGGGCUUUGGAACCCCCACACUGAAGCUCACGUUGGUGCCAUGAAGCUGAUGGUCUGUUUCCUCGUCCUCUACAUUCCACAUUCAGUGGCUAGCCUGUUCUAUUUUCUCCCUCCGAGUGUGAAGAUGAGUUGGGUAUCUAAAGCUAUUUGUACAGUGAUUUCUACUCUUUACCCUCCAGGACACUCUGUCCUUAUCAUUUUUACUCAUCGUAAACUAAAAACCAAAGCAAAAAAGCUUCUUUGUUGCAACAAAUAGUAGAAUUUCUGUAGUGAAUAUUGCCAGGAGUCACCUUACGGUUUGAGAGUUUCGUCCUCUUGCAGUUUUCUCAAAAGCCUGAAGAAUUUGUGAUUGCUAAUUUGACAG